AUGGGCAGCGAGGAGUUUGAUUCGCAGGCAGCGAUCAACACAAAGUUGAACGCGAGGGUAGGAGCCACCAGUAUCAGAAGUCAACGCGACGCAAUCGGAUCGGGGUUUGCAGAUGUAGGAAACCGCCGGCGGCCUCCGUCGACAGGCACGAUGGCCGGGAUCCGUGCUGCCUGGGGCACCUCAAUGGGCGGGAGCCUGGACGAUAUCGCCUGUCCCCUACCGGAGACCAACAACUCCAUGCGGAACUCGAGGGUGGGCGCUGUCUAUGCCACGGGCAUCAUCGAGGAAGACGAGGAAAGCGAGAGCGAGAUGGAAGAGGUUGACCCGCGUUUGUUCAUACCCGGCGUUCAAGGCAACCGCCGGCGAGCCCUGUCCGCGGGCACGCUUGCAGGGAUCCGCGCCGCGUGGGGCUCAUCGCUGGACGACAGCCAGGAGGACAUCCCUUAUACCUCAACCGACAAGAUAAACGUAAUCCAUAACCCCAGGGUGGGUGUCAACAGCGUCCGGGCCCACAUUCUGGAUGAUGAGAGCGAGAGCGAGAACGAAUUCGUCGACUCACGUUCGCUUAUGCCCGGCAUUGCAGCCGGCCGGCGACGACCUUUGGGAGGAGGCACGCUAGCGGGUAUCCGUGCCGCCUGGGGGAACUCUAUGGGCGAGAGCCAGGACGACAUCGCGUGCCCAUCCCCCGCGACGGUAAACGCACGCUUGAAUUCCAGAGCUGGUGUGGUCUAUUCAAGAGGCAGCGACCGUUACGCUAGCGGCCACGUCGUCCAUGGGCAGCCGAUGCCCGCAGGCAUGCGCAACGGAAGGGGCCAACCUGGCUUGGGAAUCGACCAACACGAUGUUAUCGACUACCACAGCACCUCCGGUCGCGGGCAAUCGACGCCCACAGGCAUGCGCAAAGGAAGGGGCCAGCCCGUCGUGGGAAUGAAUCACGAUGAUAUUAUGAGCUACCACUUUGCCUCCGGCGGUAGGCAGUCGAUUCCCGCAGGCAUGCGCAGCGCAAGGGGCCAACCCGGCAUGGGAAUCGAUCACGAUGAUAUUAUGGGCUACCGCUUUGCCUCCGGCGGUGGGCAAUCGAUUCCCGCAGGCAUGCGCAACGCAAGGGGCCAACCCGGCGUGGGAAUCGAUCACGAUGAUGUUGUCGGCUACCGCUUUCCCUCCGGUCGUGGGCAAUCGACCCCAACAGGCAUGCGAGGAAGGGGCCAGCCCGGCGUGGGAAUGAAUCACGAUGAUAUUAUGGGCUACCACCGUGCCUCUGGUCGUGGGCAAUCGACGCCCACAGGUGUUCGCAACGCAAGGGGUCAGCCAGGCGUGAUAAUGGAUCACGACGAUGUUGUCGGUUACCACCUUGCCUCCGGCGGUGGGCAAGCGAUUCCCAUAGGCAUGCGCAACGGAAGAGGCCAGCCCGGCUUGGGAAUCGAUCACGAUGAUGUUGUCGGCUACCACCUUGGCUCCGGCCGUGGGCAGUCGACGCCCACAGGCAUGCGCAACGGAAGGGGGCAGCCCGCCGUGGUAAUGGAUCACGAUGAUGUUGUCGGCUACUACGGUUCGAACAAAGCCGUUUCUGCGACACGAAGGCACUCGCGGAGCGAACCCCGCGCGGUCGAAGGCAGCGGCAGCAUGGGGCGGGUCAAGGUCGCGGGCAACGGGGCUGUCGUCGGCAGGGUCCGCGACCAUGCGAAUGCUGCAGCUGGUCACGAACGGGGCAGUGGUGGCGGUGGGCGAGGCACUGCAGGAAGUGACACCCGUGGUCAACGGAGCAAGGCAGCUGGCGGCGCUGGCGGUCAGCGGGACAGUUCUGGCGGACACACUAGUAAGAGUGCAAGCAACGGCGGGCGUGGUCAAACCUCAGCCAAAAGCGCUGGUGGUGGCGCAGGCAUCGUCAAACCGGCAGCAACCCGGCGAACCUGGGAACCCGGGCAGAGCAGCGUGUUCGACUCGUCUGGAAGCGAGAACAGCGACGGUGACGGGAAGCCUCGGGGGCUCCGCGGCGUGCAAGUCUUAGACCCAGAGACCCCAGGCACGGACGUCGUGAGCAGCACCGGAAGUGCUACGAUCCGUACGGGAGGAGUGUCCGCGAGCAGCUCGGGGGGUUGGGGUGGCCGUGCACAUGACAGUGUCGUCGACGACGACGGUUCUCGGGUGCUGGGAGCAGGCGUGUCAAGAAGCAGCCUCAGGUCGUUCCCAGGCCAGGAGGCAAACGGCGGGUCUGCAACGGGAGAGUGA